AUGCCAUCAGCCGUCUCCCAGAUCCGUGCGAUUCACGUCUAUGAUUUCGAUAACACCUUGUUUCUCAGCCCCUUGCCCAACCCGCAAAUAUGGCACGGUUCUUCCGUAGGCUUUUUACAAACCGAAGACAGCUUCGCAACUGGUGGUUGGUGGCAUGAUCCCAACAUCCUUGGAGCCACUGGAAAGGGCCUGGAGGCUGAAGAGAUCCGUGGAUGGGAAGGCUGGUGGAAUGACAACAUUCUCCGCUUAGUCAAGAUGAGCAUGGCGCAGAAAGAUGCCCUCACAGUUCUUCUGACUGGCCGCAGUGAAGCUGGAUUCGCGGAGACUAUCAAACGAAUGGUAGCAAGUCAGGACCUGGAAUUUGACCUUAUUGGUCUCAAGCCAGAGGUUGGGCCAAAUGGCCAACGCUUCGCUACCACCAUGAACUUCAAACAGGCUUUCCUCGAAGAUCUUGUUUUCACUUACGCACAGGCAGAAGAAAUUCGCGUUUACGAGGACCGCGUCAAGCACGUCAAGGGAUUCCGAGAUUUCUUCGAGUCUCUGAACAGGAGUCUUCAGGUUGGACCUGCUUCUUCCAUACGAACGCCUAUCCUGUCGGAGGUGAUUCAAGUAACUGAAGGUUGCACAUAUCUGGACCCUGUUACUGAGACUGCCGAAAUCCAACGCAUGGUGAAUUCCCAUAAUCUUGCGUUGCGCAACCCAACACUCAACCAGAGCAAAAGCCGAAAUGGCCGAUUGCAGAUCAAGCGGAUUGUCUUCUACACUGGGUAUCUGGUUACCCAAGACGUGUCCAACAACAUGACUCAAAAUUUGCUGGGUCCAAUGCUGCCUCCUGGGCUUGCUGAAUCAAAUGACCUAAAAUACAUGGCUAACAGCAUCCUAAUCACACCCCGUCCCGCAUCCCGCUCCAUCCUGGACAAGAUUGGAGGCAUGGGAAAGAAACUAAAGUGGCAGGUCACCGGCACUGGAAGCCUGGAUAACAAGAUCUGGGCAGCCCGCGUGGCACCUAUUCCAGGAACCGAACCAUUCCACACAGAAAACCCGCUGCCUAUUGUAGUAUUGGCUGUUCGCAAAGGUGCCCGUCUCAUCGAUGCAGGCAAGAUUCAAAACUGGCACCCCCUUCCUGCUGACAAGGCUAUGACUUUUGACACCGUGAUUGGAGAAAAGGUUGUCUUGCGUGUUGAGGAGACUGGAGACUACCGUUCAGGAGAACGCACUUUGAACAGGCCCCAGAAGCGACGAUUCCAGCAAGACCAAGAUGAGGUCAAUUGGACACCGCAACACGCUGGCCAUGAAGCCCCUUCCCAUGGUCGUGGCAAUUAUCACCAUACCUUUCGAGGCGGAGAGCCGCGCUACCAGGAUGAAAACCAACGAGGAAGAGGAGGUCACCGUGGCCGCGGCCGAGGCACCGGGCGUGGACGUGGUAACAAUCCCCGUGGUCGUGGCAGAGGCCGUGGCCGUGGAGACUACUACCAGUACAAGUCUUUGGAUGAUCACACGAACUCGCACGAUGGGCAUGAUAGUCGGGGCGUUCAUGGAGGUGGGGCUGCUUCGCGAGGAGGCUACUCUAUGGACUAUUGA